AUGAAAGUAUUCAUCACCGGUGCAUCAGGAUGGGUAGGCAGUCACGUCGUACCCGAAUUACAAAGACAUGGACAUACGAUAACAGCUAUAGCCAGAUCUGAUAAUUCUGCCGCUGCACUCGAGAAACAAGGUGUGAAAGUGAUCAGAGCAGGAUUGGAAGAUGUGGAUAUCCUCCACUCUUCAGCUAAAGAAGCCGAUGCCGUCAUCCACUUGGCAUAUAUUCAUGAUUUCUCGGAUUACGGAGGUAAACCCGCUCAAGUCGAUUUCGCUGCCAUCCGAGCGAUGGCCUCCGCCCUCGAAGGAACCAACAAGCCCUUUGUCGGUACAGGUGGAGCACUGGGACUGGCCGAGCCUCAAACAGAGAACGAGUCAACAUCCUUUGGCGGACCUCGAAAAGCCGCUGAGGACAUCGCAUUUUCCUUCACUUCCAAAGGUGUUCGACCGAUUGUCGUGAGGCUCUCCCCUACCACUCAUGGAGAGGGCGAUCACGGUUUCAUCGCUCAUUUGGUCCAAUGUGCUCGGGACUCAGGUUAUUCGGCCUAUGUCAAAGAUUCUAAAAUUAGAUGGUCAGCUGUUCACGUUGAUGAUGCUGCUGUAUUAUACAGAUUGGCGAUUGAGAAGGAUCUACCUGGUGGAACCAUCUUACAUGGUGUGGCUGAGUCGGGAAUACCGUUCAGUACCAUUACCAAGAAGAUUGGAGAUCAAUUAGGUUUCGAGACGAAAGAAUUGGAAGAUGAAGAUGAGAUUAAGAAACAUUUCAAAUGGAUGGCAUUCCUCUUGAAUUUUGACUGUAAUGCCUCGAGCAAGAUUACGAGGGAGAAGACGGGAUGGGAACCUAAAGGCAAAGGUCUGUUGGAAGAUCUGGACACUGGUAAAUAUUUUGUAUAA